UCCGUUCUAUUCUUACAUAUAAUGCUUAGACUGGGACCCAGUUGUGUUUACAAUCGGAACAUCGCUCAUUCAGCAGUUGUAUAGUUCUUCAUCACGUCGUCGUUUAAUUGCGGAUUUGCACGACCUCUACCGAAUGUUCUACUGCAGGAAAUUAUUGAGAAAUUUGGCGCCAUUUACUGAUACAUGAACAUUUGAAUAUUAUCGGUUUAUAGAAGUUCACAAGCAACCCACAGUAUGGAGGAAGGUGUGUGUGGUUUCUGUCGGCGCAAGGAUGCUGAAGACGUAUGCGGGAUGCUGCACUCUGAAAUAACAGAUGAAGGGUGGAUUGUUGCUCAUCACAGGUGCAUGCAAUAUUCCGCCCUUCUAACGCAGUAUAAAUUCAACCACUUUGGAGGCUUCAAGAUUGACAAAGUUAUGGAUGAAUACAGACGUGGGAAGCAGACAAAAUGUUUUGUUUGUGGGUGUGGCAAGGCCAGCAAGAAAAAGAAGAAGGGACCUCGAGGGGCCACAGCGGGAUGUGCCGUUAGGUCUUGCAGACGUUCUUUCCAUUACUACUGCGCCAAGAAGUCUCCCAACGUUGUCACAAAGAGGCUCGUUGUUCAUAUCAAGUCUAAAAGGGGAGAAAACUGUGCUCUACAGAGUGUUCUGCUGUAAAGAACAUGAAGAUCAAUACAGGAGGAAUUUGAAACAUUACCUUUCCUCUACAUCCACCAACAACAACAACAGCGAUGAUGCUAGUGAUUUUGAAGGGGAUCCUGAUUUUGACAAAGAGUACCAAGAGUUCGACUAUGAUGCACUUUCUCAAAACACAAAUACAACAUUUGUUCAGAUCAGUGACACAGACUCACCAGUCAAACGUCGCACAAAGGAGAAACACGUCCCGGAUGAAUCAGGAGACAAGUCAAUGUUCUCAUCAGGUAGUAACGACAUUGACAGCAUCAGCGACGACGACGACGACCACAACAACAAUGGAGUCCUGUCAGAUGAAGUCGAAACACAACAGAAAAGAAAAGCUGACAAUACAUUGGUCAGUUCUACCUCUGCUAAGAAGUCAAAAACAGGUUCUCUAAAUGGUAAUUUACCUGAACUCUCUAUUGAAUGUGUUAAGAUUGAUUCUCCUGAGUCAAAAAAUGAUCAAACAAUAAAAAUGCCAAGUUCGUCAGUUAGAAAAAGUGCUUUAAGCUUGAAGAAAAAUGGUGGAAAGAAGUUAAUAGUGAAAAUAACCAACCUUGGUGGUAAAGACAAACAUGAGGCCAAGGUGGCAAUAGAUGAUCACAUGGUGGACCACAAGGGAGAUCACAGUGGGGAUCAGAAUACGAGCAGCGAGGGGACUUCCACAACAGCUCCACCUACUUCCAGUGGGACCAGUCGGGAUGCUUAUGCCAUAUGCAUUGUUGGGGAGAAAAAGUCAACCUUGAAGAUACGGCAGCAACUUGAGAAACAAGUCAGCAAGAAGUUGGACGUCAAGACCAGCAACAUUUUCAUCUGGCAGGACCUUAGCCAUACUCCUUCGCUCACCAAACAGAGCAUGGUCUGUUUCAUCCAGGACUUGACAGAGCGCUUCUUAAAGCAGGACGUGCCCGAGGUGACGCGGUUGCUGUUUGAUAACAAGUACCUGGAGGGAAAGGACAAGAAACUGUACCAGGUGCAGGGGGGCUUCCUGCAACGUCUGAACAACCAGGACAUCAUCAACCAAACUCAGGAGCUAGCCUGGUCCAGCAUCACAACCCAGAUCUCCAAAAUGGGGCACAAUGGAGGCGUCUUUAAGCCUGAUGGCAAGAGAACUCUUGUGUUGCUGCUGAACGAUUUCAUUGAUAAGGAUGGGAGUAUGCGCGAGAAACUGGGUGUUCCGCCAGAUCAGGAACAGCCUGACAUGGUGACAUGGACAUCGGCUACUGUGGUUACCAAAACAACCAAUGAAGACACACAGAAGCGAAGACUUGAGGUGCAAACAAUUCUUCGCUGGUUGUCGGAGAAGUAUGACAACAUUGGGCAUGUAUUUGUUCAUCCCCAGGAAGAUAUUCUGAUAAUGCAAUCAGAAGAGAAUUAUGGUAUCAAUGACAUCAUUGACCACUUACAGUCGUCCAAAUCAGAGACUUCACAUCAUGCGGCUGUUAUGAUCUUCAGGCAGAUUGACGCCGCUGUGGUCAACUUCCAGGCAUAUUGUCGGAAAGCCUUCCAUAAGGUUCUGCCGUUCUGUCUGAAAUCAGGAGUGGGUCUUGCAGUCCUCAUCGACAUACGCUCACUCUCCACUGCAAGCAUACAUCAGCAGAUUGGGGACGUGUUUGUAGAUGAGGAAGGAAGAAAUGUUCCAGUGACUAUAAGAAGUGUCUUUGACCCAUCGUCCAUCCCUGUGUCAUUUGUUGUGAUCGAAGUUGACGCAGACAAGCUGAAGCCCCCACCACGUGGAGUUAGCCCCCUGCUAUGCAUGCGCAGCCAACCAGAAAGCCAUGUAAGCACUCCUGUGAAGCAGCCCCCAAAACGAAGUCAAUACCCAAAGGACCUGCAGAAACCUUCAACAUCUGGUGUCAAACGCAAGUCCCUAAAGACCAGGAAAUAGAACCCUUUGCAGACAAAUAAGGAAAUUCUUUUCUUUUCUUUUGCAUUGAAGAAAAAUAUUUGUUAUAUUUUAAAGGAUAUUAUUUUCUUGAAUUGUUAUUUUAACACUGCAUUCAUGCAAUAAUGUAAACUAAACAUUAAUAUCUCUUCCUCUUUCUCUUCUUCAAGAUCCUGUUAUCGGUGAAAUCCAAGUCACCUUCACAAAGCCACAGUAGUCGUAAAACUGUAUUGGCACAGGAAAUGUUUCAUACCGAAUUCUUACUGAUAUUUGUUGUUGAUGUUGGGCUAAAUAUUGCCUCGAACCAGGUAAACAUAGAUUUAAAUGCCUCAGGUUCACUUGGCCAAGGUUCAUGGUACAGUACAACCAGAAAUUAUUGAGAAUUUAAAGAUUGUAAUUUUUUAUAUAUUUUUCACUCAUUACUCAC